UUCGAGUGAAGGACCCGGACCCGAAACACCGGUAGGAGCGGGGAGGGGGGCAAGUCUGUACAAGCGUCUCCAGCCCUGGUGUGAGUGGACUGUCCUACAGCCAUGCCCCGCAGAGGCUCCCAGCCCUCCACGGCCCGGCGCAGGGAGGAAGGACCGCCACCGUCCCCCGACGGCGCCAGCAGCGACGCGGACCCCGAGCCGCCGGCCGGCGGCGCCCAGAGCCCAGCCGCCGCCGCCGCAGAGACUCCAGGUGAGGAGCUUGAUGACAGAAGUCUAGAAGAGAUUUUGAGUAGCAUUCCUCCACCCCCGCCUCCAGCAAUGACCAAUGAAGCUGGAGCUCCUCGGCUCAUGAUAACUCACAUUGUAAACCAGAACUUCAAGUCCUAUGCUGGGGAAAAAAUUCUGGGACCUUUCCAUAAGCGCUUUUCCUGUAUCAUUGGGCCAAAUGGCAGUGGCAAAUCCAAUGUUAUUGAUUCUAUGCUUUUUGUGUUUGGCUAUCGAGCACAAAAAAUAAGAUCUAAAAAACUGUCAGUGCUGAUACAUAAUUCUGAUGAACACAAGGAUAUUCAGAGUUGUACUGUAGAAGUUCAUUUUCAAAAGAUAAUUGAUAAGGAAGGGGAUGAUUAUGAAGUCAUUCCUAACAGUAACUUCUAUGUAUCUAGAACGGCCUACAGAGAUAAUACUUCUGUCUAUCAUAUAAGUGGGAAGAAAAAGACAUUUAAAGAUGUUGGAAAUCUUCUUCGAAGCCAUGGAAUUGACUUGGACCACAAUAGAUUUUUGAUCUUGCAGGGUGAAGUUGAACAGAUUGCUAUGAUGAAACCAAAAGGCCAGACUGAACACGACGAGGGUAUGCUUGAAUAUUUAGAAGAUAUCAUUGGUUGUGGACGGCUAAAUGAACCAAUUAAAGUCUUGUGUCGGAGAGUUGAAAUAUUAAAUGAACACAGAGGAGAGAAGUUAAACAGAGUUAAAAUGGUUGAAAAGGAAAAGGAUGCCUUAGAAGGAGAGAAAAACAUAGCCAUUGAAUUUCUUACCUUAGAAAAUGAAAUAUUUAAAAAAAAGAAUCAUGUUUGUCAAUAUUAUAUUUAUGAUCUACAGAAACGAAUUGCUGAGAUGGAAACUCAAAAGGAAAAAAUUAAUGAAGAUACCAAAGAAAUUAAUGAAAAGAGCAGUAUACUUUCAAAUGAAAUGAAAGCUAAGAAUAAAGCUGUAAAAGAUGUAGAGAAGAAACUGAAUAAAAUUACAAAAUUUAUUGAGGAGAAUAAAGAAAAAUUUACACAGCUAGAUUUGGAAGAUGUUCAAGUUAGGGAGAAACUAAAACAUGCCUCAAGUAAAGCCAAAAAACUGGACAAACAACUUCAAAAAGAGAAAGAAAAGGUUGAAGAAUUUAAAAGUAUACCUGCCAAGAGUAAGAAUAUCAUAACUGAGACAACAACUAGAAACAAUUCCCUUGAGAAGGAAAAAGAGAAAGAAGAAAAAAAAUUAAAGGAAGUGAUGGAUAGCCUUAAACAAGAAACACAAGGGCUUCAGAAAGAAAAAGAAAGUCGAGAGAAAGAACUUAUGGGGUUCAACAAAUCAGUAAAUGAAGCACGCUCUAAGAUGGAUGUAGCCCAGUCAGAACUUGACAUCUAUCUCAGUCGACAUAAUACUGCAGUGUCUCAAUUAAGUAAAGCAAAGGAAGCUUUAAUUGCGGCUUCUGAGACUCUCAAAGAAAGGAAAGCUGCAAUCGGAGACAUAGAGGCAAAACUCCCUCAAGCUGAACAAGAAUUAAAGGAGAAAGAAAAAGAACUUCAGAAAGUUGCACAAGAAGAAGUACACUUCAAAACUUUGGUUCAUGAUCUUUUCCAAAAAGUUGAAGAAGCAAAGAGUUCCUUAGCAAUAAAUCGAAGUAGGGGGAAAGUCCUUGAUGCAAUAAUUCAAGAAAAAAAAUCUGGCAGGAUUCCAGGAAUAUAUGGAAGAUUGGGGGACUUAGGAGCUAUUGAUGAAAAAUACGAUGUUGCUAUUUCUUCUUGUUGUCAUGCAUUAGACUACAUUGUUGUUGAUUCUAUUGAUACAGCCCAAGAAUGUGUAAACUUCCUUAAAAAGCAUAAUAUUGGAGUUGCAACCUUCAUAGGUUUAGAUAAGAUGGCAGUAUGGGCCAAAAAAAUGACCAAAAUUCAAACUCCUGAAAAUACUCCUCGUUUAUUUGAUUUAGUUAAGGUAAACGAGGACAAAAUUCGCCAGGCUUUUUACUUUGCUUUACGGGAUACCUUGGUAGCUGACAACUUGGAUCAAGCCACAAGAGUAGCAUAUCAAAAGGAUAAAAGAUGGAGAGUGGUAACUUUACAGGGACAAAUAAUAGAGCAGUCAGGUACAAUGACUGGCGGUGGAAGCAAAGUGAUGAGAGGAAGAAUGGGUUCAUCAGUCGUCGUUGAAAUCUCUGAGGAAGAGGUAAAUAAAAUGGAAUCACAGUUACAAGGAGAUUCUAAAAAGGCAAUGCAAAUCCAAGAGCAGAAAGUACAACUUGAAGAAGAAGUGGUGAAGUUAAGACACAAUGGACGAGAAAUGAGGAAUACUCUGGAAAAGUUUACUGCAAGCAUCCAGCGUUUAUCAGAACAAGAAGAAUAUCUGAGUAUCCAACUUAAGGAACUUGAAGCCAAUGUACUUGCUACAGCCCCUGACAAAAAACAGCAGAAAUUGUUAGAAGAAAAUGUCAAUGCUUUCAAAACAGAAUAUGAUGCCGUGGCUGAGAAAGCUGGUAAAGUAGAAGCUGAGGUUAAGCGGUUACAUGAUAUCAUCAUAGAAAUCAACAACCAUAAACUCAAGGCCCAACAAGACAAACUCGAUAAAAUAAAUAAGCAAUUAGAUGAAUGUGCUUCUGCUAUUACUAAGGCCCAAGUAGCAAUCAAGACUGCAGACAGAAAUCUUAAAAAGGCACAAGACUCUGUCAUACGCACGGAGAAAGAAAUAAAAGAGACUGAGAAAGAAGUCAGUGACUUAACAGCAGAGCUAAAAAACCUUGAGGACAAAGCAACAGAGGUCAUAAAAAAUACAAAUGCUGCAGAGGAAUCCUUACCAGAAAUCCAGAAAGAACAUCGUAAUCUCCUUCAAGAGCUAAAAGUCAUUCAAGAAAAUGAACACGCUCUUCAAAAAGAUGCACUUAGUAUUAAGUUGAAACUUGAACAAAUAGAUGGUCGCAUUGCUGAACAUAAUUCUAAAAUAAAAUACUGGCAAAAGGAGAUUUCAAAAAUAUCAUUGCAUCCUGUAGAAGAUCAUCCUGUUGAAGAGGUUUCACUUCUAAGCCCAGAGGACCUUGAAGCAAUCAAGAAUCCAGAUUCGAUAACAAAUCAAAUUGCACUUUUGGAAGCCCAGUGUCAUGAAAUGAAACCAAACCUUGGUGCCAUUGCAGAAUAUAAAAAGAAGGAAGAAUUAUAUUUGCAGCGAGUUGCAGAAUUGGACAAAAUCACCUCUGAAAGAGAUCAUUUUAGACAGGCAUAUGAAGAUCUACGAAAACAAAGGCUUAAUGAAUUCAUGGCAGGUUUUUAUAUAAUAACAAAUAAACUAAAGGAGAAUUACCAAAUGCUUACUUUGGGAGGGGAUGCAGAGCUAGAGCUCGUGGACAGCUUGGAUCCUUUCUCUGAAGGAAUCAUGUUCAGUGUUCGACCGCCUAAGAAAAGUUGGAAGAAGAUCUUCAAUCUUUCAGGAGGGGAGAAAACACUUAGCUCAUUGGCCUUAGUAUUCGCUCUCCACCACUAUAAACCCACCCCCCUGUACUUCAUGGACGAGAUUGAUGCAGCCCUGGAUUUUAAGAAUGUGUCCAUUGUGGCGUUUUACAUAUACGAGCAAACAAAAAAUGCCCAGUUCAUAAUAAUUUCUCUUCGAAAUAAUAUGUUUGAGAUUUCAGAUAGACUAAUUGGAAUUUACAAGACGUACAACAUAACCAAAAGUGUUGCCGUGAACCCAAAGGAAAUUGCAUCUAAAGGACUUUGUUGAACUUUAUACUGAAGAUUUGUCAAAUGAAAUAGAUUUUGUAUAUUACUGGUUUUCUAUUUGUAAAACGUAAAUUACAAGUUGUAUAAAAUACAUAUUCUU